AAAAAAUGGAGGAAGACAGAAUCAACCAAUUGCCGGAUGAAAUUCUUGUGCAUAUCCUCUCCUUUAUCGACAGCUAUGAAGCCUUUGAAACAACCUUUCUCUCCAAGAGAUGGAAAAACCUGUGGCGCUCCCUCCCCUCCCUCCGCCUCCACCUCAGCAGCGCCGCCUCCUCCGACUUCGUCUCCCACUUCCUCUCCCACCGCGACGCCACAGCCCCCGUCCACAGCCUCAACCUCUCACUCGACGACAAAUUUAAUCUCAAACUCGUGAAUAAAUGCGUGCUCUACGCCAUCAAUCACGGCGUUCAAUCCCUCCGCCUCCGCGCCUACAAUACUCAUCUGAGGCUUCCCGCCGCGCUUUUCACCUCCACGACGCUUUGCGAGCUCGAGCUCAAGCUGUUUAACAACAACGUGACUCGUGCACCCGGGCGGCUUCUUUUACCGAAUUUGAAAACCCUUUUUCUCGAAGCCCAUUCGACCUUCGAUGAUGACACCGGGAUGGAGACGUUUGCCGGCCUCCCGGGGCUCGAGAAGCUUACUCUGCGCGGUCGUCCGUUUACUAGCCUUGUUUUAAAGGCUCCGAAGCUUAGAGUCCUUGAAAUCCUUCAAUAUUCGCGUAGUAUGGAGGAGAUUUCUGCUCCGUUGCUUACCUCGUUUCGAUUCGAGGGUUUUUCACCUUUGGAAUGUUCGAUGAUGAAUCUCCCAAUGUUGGAACAAGUCUAUGUAGACAUUUAUAAUAUUGGAUACAAUGUGAAAAAGUUGCAUCGGAUGCUCCACCAACUUGGAAAUGCUACCAAUGUUUCAUUGACUUUAGACACUCUCAAGGUUCUUGAACUGGAUGAUGGUCCAAUCGAGCAAAGUCCUCCUCCAUUCCCGAACCUCAAAUGUCUCAAGGUGAUGAAAGGACAUUACAAAAUUCGUACAGUGCUUCAGAGUGUAAUGAACUAUUUGACAAUCGGGACUUUGUAUUUUGAGAAGGUGGAGUUUCCUGAUGGUGUGACUGUGGUUGAAAAGAAUAUGUGACAACGAAGAUUAUAAAGUGAUGAUGGAUCUUUUUGACUGGAAGGUGAAAGAAAAACCAUAUCUAUACACCAUUUACUAUAUUAGUCUCUUGUCUAUUUUUUUCAUUGACCUUGUGCUAGAAAAUAUUUAUGACUUACUACUAUCUUUUAUCUCGUUGGCGUUUUUAUAUUUCUUUGUUUCAUUCUUUCUAUUUUGUUAAGGUGAAAAUGGUUGAGGCUAUUCCUAAGGUGUCAAGUUGUGAACUCAGUAAAUCCGUUGAAAAUUCUAUAAUUGAUGUGAAUAUGUAUAAAAGCAUGGUUGGAUCCCUCCAAUAUAAAUU